CAUGUUCUGAUGGGAGGCUGCUGAGGGUCUGAGUGUUUCUGAGAACAAACCCGAGUUAAACCUGAAGUUCUGCUCUGGAUCUGUUCCACUGAACACACAAACUAACACACAACACAGCAGUGGACGUGCUUCUAUGUUGUGGGUUUUAUUGGUCUGAUCGUGACGAAUCUGCGGACGAAACAUCUGGAGACGGAAACUAUCGCCAGUUAAACUGGAACACCGGCUUACAGCCACCACCGCUGCCUCCUGACUGCACAUUCAACCAGCUACGCGUCGCUCCUUUUUGCGGAAUGCUGACAUGUUGUGAUUUUCCCCGCAAGCGAUGAGUGAAACGAGCGCCGAGGAGACCGGACCGAGACCGGCGGAGGUUCUGUUGACGUCGGGCUGCCGAGCCCCGCUCGUCGGGCAGGUCGGAGGAUGGAGCCGAGGCUGAACGGGGAUGGCAAGCCGUCCGUGUCCCGGUUCCCCCUCGGCCCUGUCCUCGUCCUCUCCCUCCUGGCUGUGCUGGCGAGCUGUCACGGUACCUGCAAGCACCGAGCCGCGGCUGUCUGCCCUGUUGGUAUCCGAUAAGCUAGGCUAGGCUAAGCUAACUAAGCUAGCACUGUGGAGCGGAGGGCGAGAAGAGGCUAGGCUAAGCUAAGCUAACUGAGCUAACACUGUGGAGCGGAGGGCGAGAAGAGGCUAGGCUAAGCUAAGCUAACUAAGCUAGCACUGUGGAGCGGAGGGCGAGAAGAGGCUAGGCUAGGCUCGGCUAGGCUUACUAAGCUAGCACUGUGGAGCGGAGGGCUAAACUAGCACGCUAGGUGCCGUCUCUAAUUAACUCUUUUCGAUUUAAUAACACUUUUUAACCCUGGUACGUUCUCAUGUAUUGCGUGGCAAAUAUUAUUUUUGUGACAUUAUUUAAGAAUGUUGUUCACCUGAAUGAGAUUUGCUACUCAGUUAGCAAGCAAGCUAACAGGCUAACGUGAAGCCACUUUGGGGUUUACUGUGUUUACUGUGCAGCAUCUGUCGAAUUCACAGACAGUAGACUGUGACAGCAGUGAUUUAAGGGUUCAUUCAGUAGCUUUACCUGCUCACCUUCAGCCUGUGUUUCCCUAGCAACAAGAAAAUAACACAUCCAGGUAGAGCUCUUCACAAUAAAGGUACAAUCUUUGCAAAUCUGAUACUGUGUAUCACAUUUAAAUUCCUAACGUUUUAUUCAUAAAGGCCCGGUUGUUUAAAAGGAUAUAUGAAUAAAAAAAUUAGGGACCGAUUGUUAGUUAUCUGGGACACCAAUAACUGAUAUUUGUUUAUUUAUUUUUGUUUUUUUUUAAAGAUUUUAUAUUUGCUUAUUUACAAGAGAACAAUUCCCUAUAUUUUUCCUUUCCUAUCUUUAUUUGUAUAGAACAAGUUACAAAGUGCUUUACUAUAAAACAACUAAUUAAAAUCAAACAGCUAAAUAAGGUCCUAAGUAUUCAAAAUAAGAUAUUAUAGUUAAACUUUUGUAGACUUUCAAAAAUAUUUCUUACGGCCGUGUCUACCAAUGAGGAAAGAUGGAAUGUUUAGUUUCAACCAAUGAGGGAGCAUGGAAUCUUCAGCAUACACCUAUACAUUCUUUUAGGUUUUUGAUCAAUUGGCAAAAAAGUGGUUUUGUUUCCAGUUUCUUCUGCUCUGUUUACUACAGCCAUUUAUAAUGUAACCUGAACAACACAGUAUAUUAUGGAGGCAAAACUAAUAGGCUAAAGUUGCUUUAAAAUUGCUUGACAAUUAUAUGGAAGCACUGCUAUUCAGAGACAAAAAGGUGAAUGUGAUUUCACAACCAGCAAAGAAGGCAGUUUGAUCAGGUGUGGAGAUGUUAAACUGGCUAGAGGAACAGCUGUUAACGUCUAAGAGCCAAGCAGGUUCACGUGAAGAAUGCUAAAAUAAAAAAGAAAAAGAAAAGUUUUUGAAAAGUUCUUCAAGAAAAACACGUGAAAUGUCACAAGUCACUUCACACAAGGUGAAAACUGAGUGAAACUGACUUAAAAUUGUAUUUGACUUAAGUCAACAAUGCAGUAAACCAAUGCAAACGAAACAUAAUCUUGCAGAAUAUGUGACAGUUUGGCUGCUCUGCCUGUAAACAAUGCAGCCUUCCCUAUUUUUUUAAACAUCAUAUGGGAGGUCACACUCAAAAAGAUAAACACUGGGUUAGAGGGUAUAUUCAAUACACACUGUAUGAAGUCAUAACGUUUCCGGGUAAAAGUUCAUCUCAAAAACAGAAGUAUCUCAGGUUUUUUGGGGAAUUUCUACCUAAAUGUGUAAUAAAAUGUACACUCAUAAAGUCUUUAUUGCAUUGAUAAAAGAUUUGUCACUUUGAUCUCUGAGGUCUGUUGGCCUACGUUUGAAGUAGCCUUUGUUACAUGUACAUGAGUCACUGAACUCCACCUACUAUGCAAAGCAAGUGGUAAGUCUUUUUUUACCUCUUAAGCGGAAAGUUGAUGGAGGAGUCAGUAGAGGAAGCUGCAGAGACGAGGAGGAAAAACCUAGCAGCUUAUCAGAAGUUCAGUGUAGGCAACAAGCGACUGUCUUAAGCCUCAACGCUCAGCAUGGUAAAUUCAAAUUACCACCAAAACUACAGCUACAGUCUGUUCUUUCCUGGAGUAACCCUUUAAAAACCUGUUACUUGCAUGUCAUAGUUCAUGGUGAGGUAAGAUACUAGUUCAUGUUUUUCACUGCUACAAUAUACCUGAAGUGUCUUUUUUUCUAUGGCUGAUUUUUGUAUUGGUUUCAUAGCAACUGUUUUUUUUUUUUUUUUAAUCAUAUGUUAUUACUGUAGAUCUUAAGCUUUCUGGUAGUCAGUACAGAAUUUAUAGCCAACAGUUUUUAAAUCCACUAAGUUAUACAAUAUAAGAACAGCAACUAAUGAUUAUUUUCAUUGUAGAUUAAUAAUGUGAUUGUUUUCUCAGUUACUUGAUUAGUUGUUUGGUCUAUAAAAUGUCAGAAAAUGGUCAAAAAUGUUGAUCAUCUGACAGAUGACAAUUAGAUUAUGAGUUUACUGUGAAGAAGUCAAAACCCAUGAAAAUAUAAAAAUUUAAAGAGAUGGAAUCAGAUCAUUAUGAGUUUUUUUCUUCAAAAAUUACUCAAACAGAUUAAUCAAAUAUAAAAUAAUAGCUGGCGAAUAAUUUAAGCGAUGAGAACUAAUCAGUCACUGCAGUUUUAAUUAAAAUUUAUUGAAUUAAACCUCAAUUUUAUUUAAUUUCUUUAAGCUGUGCAAUUGUGACUGUCAUUUUCCAUCCCCUAAUUGUGCUGUUUGGUGUUGGAAAUCCCACAUUUCCCAAAUUUAAAAAAAAAAAAUAUUUGAGAGAAUUGUCAAAGAUAUAAAAGUUCAUGGCAUCUUGGGUAAGAAUCUAAAAACGUUUAGGUUGCCAGAUUUAACAUACAUAUUAAGGAGGACGACAUCUUUGAUUUAAUAUAAUUUGGCGCAGUAAAUCCUUAUCAGCAUUAAUAACAACCGACAUGGUGACAAACUGUAAAACCAAAACCUUGUUCAAGUUACAAUUUGCAAUUAUAACCGCUUUUAACACCUAAUUAAUUACUUUUAGCCUACAAGAGGUGAACAUUUUGCCUGAAGUGCCUGAAAUGAACUUGUCUAUAAAUGCCUUAGUCAGUCCACUCAAUAUAUUUAAACUACAAAUUACAAAAUAUUUUCUUUUAAAAAAUCUAUAAAGUAUUAAUAUAUUACUUUUUGACUAUUGUAGGAGCUGCACCCUUUCUAGUCUAAUUUGCAAUCUUUUUUCAUUUUAUAAACUCUGGCUGCACUUUUUCUUGAGGAUACUGGUGUCAGCACAAUUUGCUGCUUCCAUGCCAGUGCUUUAUUAUUGCUCGUAAAUAUCUAAAGCUCAGCCCACUAUAGUGCAAACUUAGAGUGAAACUACUAUCGAGACCAACAGAGAGAUAGUAAGAGAUUAAGACACACAAUGAAAUAGCUCCGUUAAUUAUUUAAGGUAACAUAAGAUAUAACUUUAUUAUUCCCGAAGAAAAUUCCUGGAUAUGAUUUGAACUUUUCUCAAGAAAACACCCAUCUGUGGAACUUCCUGGGACUUUAUUGGGAGUGUUUUGAACCUGACUUCCUUGUGUCAGCUAUGCAAAGUGCAUCUCUCACUUCUCUUUAAGGGAAGUGGCUCAGGAAAUGUGUCAAGAAACGCUAUUGCAGAGAACCAGUUUGGCUGAGAAUAUGAGCCAUGUCGGGGAAACCACACACGAUUUUAAUGAAACGUAACCUGUCUGAUCCUACAGAUAAGAACAAUGGUGGCAGCAGGUUGGAUCUGCUUUCUUUAUGCUCUGCUGUCUUUGGAAUUCGUUGCAGUACACAACCACAGUGGGGAGACAGAGUCCUUCCAUGUGAACGUGGGCCACUUGUUCCUGCUGAAGUGCUACAGCGCUGAUGUUCACUCUGAGGUGAUCUGGAGCCGAGGAGACAACAGCAGUCUGCCCAGUGGAGUGGAGCUCAGGGACGGGUUACUGUGGUUUCUACCAGUGCAGACAUCCCAUAAUGGAACCUACACCUGUGAGCAAAGGGAUGAGACCAGAUCACGGAGGAUGACCUUUGAGGUGUUGGUCUCCAGUGAAAACUGUCCUGAUGCUCCUGAGGUCAGGUACAUCCAAAACGGAGUCAGUGGAAGUCUUUAUUGUAAACAGGAUGAAAUCUUCAGAUUGAACAACGUGAGGAACGUACGAUGGAUGAAGGAAUGCCAACCGGUGCAGCGGGAAGGAGAGUCCAUCUCUGUGGACGAACGAGGCGACAUGAUGCUGCCGGAGGCCUCAGAGAGCGACGCUGGAAAAUACACCUGCCUGGUGGACAUUACUUUAAAUGGAAGAACGUACACGGCUUCUCGCAGCGUCCAGCUCACUAUUACUACUGACCCUAUGAUUAUUGGUACUGUCCAGGUGAGGGAACCUCAACAACAAGUUGUCAUGGUUAAAGUCGGUGAGAGAGUGGAGCUGAAGUGUUCGGCCUACACAGGCUUCGCUGAGGAUAAUGAGACUUCAAUGUACUGGACUGUUGAUGAUUCUUUCACUGAAGAUCACGAGGAGCUCACCGAGUCCUUGAAAUAUUUUCACGAAAGAGGCAACGUGUAUGCUCAGUCCACUCUGACCAUCUCUAAAGUCCGUCGUCAGUUCCUCAAUGUUCCCAUUAAAUGCAUUAUAUGGAACCCACUUGGAAAAGAUGAAGGCGUGGCCUUUCUUCAAGAAGCUGACCACAGUGCCCUUUACAUGAGUGUCUCCGCCUUCCUGGUUACUCUGGUCCUGGCUGCUUCCUUCUACUUCCUUAAAGUCGACCUAGUUUUGUACUACAGGAAACUAUUGAGACAUUUUCCUAAACAACAAGUUCUAGAUGGGAAACUCUACGACGCCUACGUGAGCUUCCUCCAUCCUGACAACCUGAGUGCAGAUGUGACAGCGAGCUUCACCCUGAACAUCCUGCCUGAGGAGCUGGAGGACCAACAUGGCUACUCGCUGUACAUCAGAGGACGGGACGACUGUCCUGGAGAAGCAAUGCAUGAUGCCAUUGCUGCUACAGUGCAUCAGUGCCGCAGACUGAUAAUAAUCCUGUCUUCUGAUACCAAAACAAGGGAGACUUCGCCCUUACAUGAGAACCAAAACCACCUGUGCUAUGAGCAGAAAGUUGGCCUUCAUGACGCUUUGUUACAGAAUGAUCCCCGAGUGAUUCUGGUGGAAAUCGAUGGUCCUGUGGAUUACAGUCAUCUGCCAGAGUCUCUGUGCUAUAUAAAGAGGAAACAAGGAGCUCUGAAAUGGAAGAAAGAUUUCCUUGGAACACAGAAACUCACCAAAUUAUACUCCAACAGAAACUUCUGGAAGAACCUCAGAUACCACAUGCCCCCAGUGCCAGGAAGAAGACUCCAGUCUGUUGUCUAAACCAAGUGAAAAACUUGAGAAACAGAGAUGUUUUGUUUACAUGAAGACAUUCAGGCCUGUUUCCUGGAACUCACUAAUUCUUCAGUUCUUCAUCCAUCAUUCAUCCUCAUCUUAAUUCAGUAACACAAGGACAUCCAUUCAUCCAUCCAUUAUCUAUGCACUGCUUAAUCCUCAUUAGGGUCGCUGGGGGGCUGGAGUCUGUCCCAGCUGACUUAGGGUGAAGGCAGGGGACUCCCUGGACAGGUCACCAGUUUAUCACAUGGCUACAUAUAGAGACAAACAAUCACACUCACAUUCACACCUACAGACAAUUUAGAAUCACCAAUUAACCUCAGCAUAUUUUUGGACUGUGGGAAGAAGCCGGAGUACCCAAAAAAAAGCCACGCAUGUACAGGAAGAACAUGCAGACUCCAUGCAGAAAGAUCCCCGGAAGGCCGGACGCAAACCAGGGAUGUUCUAGCUACAAGGUGAAAGUGCUAACCACUACGCCACUGUGCAGCCUAACCGAAGGACCAUUGUAAACUAACUGGACUGAGCACCUGCACAGUGAUUUUCAUAAUCUUUACAAUAAGGAUGGAAAAAAUAUUUACUAUAAUUCUUACUGGAGCAAAACAGGAAUGAUACAGCUGUGUUCAACAGAUUAUUCCUCGGUUCUUGGAUUUUAGACCGAGGACACCAAUAUUAUCUGAUUACCUGAUUGUUGCAUCAAUCACCAGAGAUGUUUUUGAUGCUUAAGAAACAGAAGCUAAUGUAUGUGUUUAUUGUGUGACAAUAUGGAGUGUUCUGUAGUAUUUGAAGGAAUACUUAUUUUUAUAUUGACAAGAUUGCUGUAGAUUUGUACACAUAGUACUAAACGUUUCUUUUUUUUAAAACUAGAAACUGAUAUAAGCUUGUAUUUACAUUGCCUUUUUGAUGUACUGUUAUAUUCUGUGAAUAUCAACCUUAACACGUGAUCUUA